AAAUAUUUUCAGGAAUGGAGAUAGAUAGGUUAGAGAAGUAUUGAAAAAAAGAUAAUGAGCGACUCCAAGCAGACAUCAAAGCAUUAAAAAGAGAGGUAAAAGAUAAAGAGAAUCAACGAGUAAAAGAAGUCGCUAUUCUCGAACAAAAGCUGGAGCUUCAAAAACUUCAAAUAGAUGAGCUUAGAGACCAAACUAAAAUGCAGAAAAAUCUAUACGAUACCAUGAUGGAAUCAAUAAAAAUCGCAAAUAACCCUGUGAAUGCGGAACAAAAGUAUUUAUCGAUGAUAAAAGACCUUGAAAAAUAAGCAUGAGAAACAUCUUCUUGAGACAAUUUCUCAAUAUACUCAGAGAUGUGAAAGUCUCUAUGCUUACAUAAAAGAUGCAGAGAAGCUACUCGAUGAUAUGGAUUCCAAGCGCAAGCAAGAGAAGAAAGAAAUGCUUCUUACCCAUGCUAAAGAGAUUGAUAAAAUUCAUGAAAAGUAUAAAUAAACAUAUUUCGAUGCUGAAGAAGAAAUUAACAAAAAAGACUAAAGAAAUUCGUUCCAGAUCAAAUAGCAUUUCUCAGAUAAAAUACGUUAGUGAAUCCAGGGAUGCAGAAAUAGAGAAGCUCAAAGAUGAGCUGACCAAUAAAGAAAAGCUGCUGGUUGAUAAUAAUGAUCAGAUAAUCUGCCUAAAGAGCAAAAUUCAUGGUCUCAGGACUAUUAUCAACGAACUGAGAUGUGUGGAGAAAUAAGUACAAGCUUUUGCUUACAAAAUCACAAUUUUCAACGGGAUCUUUUGAAACUGAUCAAUCUAGAGAAACUCCAAUUUAUAUUGAAGAUUCUAAGAGAAAAGUAAAAAGUAGGGAAAAAAAGAGUUCCAAAAAGACUAGGAAUAACUACAUCAAAACUUCUAGAGGUACUAAUGAAAUGAAAAUCUAUGAUCAACAAUUCAGUAGUAAGAAACAGUUUAAUAGGGAUCAUUCUAAAAAAAGAAAAAGCAAAAGGAAGAAUUCCAAGUUGAAAAUAAACAUUAAAGAGAACAACGCCCCUGAGGGCGUUGUUCCUCAAAGUGCUCAUACUCAGAUUGAAGUGGCUCCUUUGAUGCCUAAUUAUACCUUCCAGGAGAAUUUGAAACAUCAGAAGCAUAACCUCAUGGAAAGAAUGAAUAGAAUUGAGUCUAUAAUCACUAGCGGAAAGAGUUAUGAUAGAGGGCAAGAUGAGAAUUUCAAACCUCUUGCUUCAAACGAGUACAAUUAUGACUACAAUGCUGACUACACACCAGUAACAAAGAGAUCUACAAUCUCUCCAAUUCCUUCAUGAAGGAUGGCAGGGUAUAAUUCUCGGAGCCAUAAAAUUCCCAAGAAGUCUGAACCUAGAUCUCGUGCUCUAUAUGAACGUAAUGUUGGCCAUGUACCUGAAUUUAAUAAUUCUCAUGAAUUUUAGAAGUAGGAAGCCGUUGGCUUAACUUGGGCCUAACCUUCAAC